UUGUUAGUUCUCCGUAUUGUGAACUUUGUUUUUCCAGUUUUCCGUGUUGUUCCAGUUUUUCGUGUUGUGCUAGUUGUUCGUAUUGUUCUAGUUUUUCCUGUUUUGUUCCAGUACUUAUUUUGAAUGUAUGAGAAAUGCCACAGUUGCUGCAAGGGUGUAUGCGCAUCAGUAUCCUGAUAGACGCCAUCCUACUGCAAAAGUUUUUCUUCGACUCAUACAUAGUUUGCGAACGACUGGAAACGUUCGGCUGCUCGUGUUUCGGAGACAACGCAGGGGACGCACCGAAGAUUAAUGUUUACAUGAACAUAAUUAAUGUUUUAGCCUACGUCGAGUUUAAUCCUCACUUAAGUACUAGAACAAUAGCGCACGACCUGGGAGUAAAUCGAACUACUGUUCAGAAUAUUCUUAAGGAGUACAGGUUUCAUCCAUAUCAUUUAGUCCUGCAUCAAGAAUUAAGUGCACAAGAUUUUGACCGAAGGCUAGACCAUUGUCACUGGCUUUUGGGUAUGAUUGCAGAGGAUCCUCAGGUGCUUUCAAACAUAUUGUGGACAGAUGAGGCUACAUUUCACAGCAAUGGAGGCGUAAAUCUCCACAAUAUUCAUUACUGGUCACCAACGAAUCCGCACUGGAUGCGAGGUCCAGCAUCAAGGCCGUUGGUCUUUAAAUUGUUGGGCAGGAAUAUUAGGAGGUCGAAUUAUCGGCCCAUUUUUUUUAACAACGCACUAAAUGGUGCAAAUUAUUUGCAGUUUUUAAGGGAGGAAUUGCCAAUUUUAUUAGAGGAUGUGCCACUUGAAAUUCGCCAACGGAUGAUGUUCCAGCACGAUGGCUGUCCAGCACAUUUCGCCCGAAGUGUUCGGGAGUUUUUAGAUGCUACUACCCUGGUAGAUGGAUAGGACGGGGCGGUACCUGUCCAUGGCCGGCUAGAUCAUCAGACCUAACGUGCCUGGAUUUUUAUUUAUGGGGUCGAGUUAAAGAAAUUGUUUUUGCAACAAGACCUACGACGCGACAAAAUAUGAUUGGCCGGAUUAGGGAUUGCAUGCAGACUCUCUCAUUUGCUGAGGUAGAGACUGCAGUUUUGUCUACCGAACAAAAGAUGUUUCAGUGCAUAGAAAAUGAUGGAAUGCAUUUUGAACAUUUGGGGAGACACUAAAUAAAAAAACAUCCGGUAUCAUCAAAAUUGUUACAAGUGUCAAAUUAUUUUAUUGUUGUAUCUUUAAUUAACUUUUCUAUGGUUUGGUAUGGUGCCAAAUUUUUAAA